UGCCUCGCAUCGAAAGCAGAUUUUUUGUUUAUCAAUUUUAUCAUUAGUUGAAUAAGUUUAAAUCGGUAAAAGGAAGAAAGAAUAAUAAAAGUUACACAGAAAUUAAGCAGUAAACAUUAAAUGAUUUCACAGUUUUAUUCAAACUUUCAUUUCAACUGAUACUUUAUGAACCACGAUGUCGGGGAAGAAAUGUAAACAUUGUGGAUCUUCAGACAUAGAAGUAGAUCCCGCUAGGGGAGACGCUGUGUGUACAAACUGUGGCUCCGUUCUCGAGGACAAUAUAAUUGUAGCUGAAGUAGAGUUCCAAGAAAAUGCUCAUGGUGGUGCCUCUGCUAUUGGACAAUUUGUAUCAGCAGAUUCUAAAGGAGGUGCCUCAGGUUUUGGCCGAGCUUUCAAUGCUGGUGUAGGUCAGGAGUCUCGGGAAGUGACACUAAGAAAAGCUAGAGAUGGUAUAACUGCUUUAUGCCAGCAGCUGCGACUAAACCAGCAAUGCAUAGAUAUUGCCUGCAACUUUUUCAAGAUGGCAUUAUCACGCCACCUCACAAUUGGACGGCCAGCAUCACAUACACAAGCAGCUUGUGUGUACAUCACCUGUAGAACAGAAGGCACUGCACAUCUGCUAAUUGAUAUCAGCGAUGCUCUUCAAAUAUGCUGCUAUCAACUAGGACGCACAUACUUCAAGUUGUCUCGAGCACUUUGCAUCAACAUUCCCCCUACUGAUCCCUGUCUAUACAUACUGCGGUUCGCGUCGCAACUGAAGUUCGAGGAUAAGGAGCACGAGGUGAGCAUGACGGCGCUGCGGCUGGUACAGCGGAUGAAGAAGGACUCCAUCCACUCUGGUCGACGUCCAUCCGGAGUUUGCGGUGCCGCCCUCCUCAUAGCAGCCCGACUUCACGACUUUUCUAGAACACCUACAGACGUGGUACGGAUUGUGAAAGUCCAUGAGACCACUCUACGGAAGAGGCUGAUGGAGUUUGGGGAGACGCCGUCCAGCGCGCUCACUCUGGACGAGUUCAUGACCGUGGACUUGGAGGAGAAGCAGGACCCGCCGGCGUUCAGAGCCGCCAGGAAGAGAGAUAAAGAGAGACUUCAAAAACUGCUCGAAGAAGAAGAUGGAGAGAAGGAGUUGACAGAAUUACAGAGGGAGAUAGAAGCUCAGUUGGAAAAGGACAAACAGCGACGGAAGAAAACCGCCGGUGUACCAGUGUCAUCUGUUGUAGGGGAUCCCGAGGCGAACAUAGAAGACGCGGAGGCGUCGCAGUUCGCGGCGGAGGACACCAUCACCAUUAUCGGCGAGAUCGCAAAGGGCGUGGAGACCACCGGCAACUCGGUAUUACCCAAACACGAGAAAAUGAAGAUUGAGAAAGGCCUUGGCCCCGAGCUAGCAGUAAUGGGCCUCGGUCACACAGACGAUAAAUCGGAUAAAUUCGUGAAGCCGGAAGUGAAGGGUCAGUUCAGCAAAGACCUGAACACGCCAGAAGAGUUGCUGCUCAGCGAGAACGACGAGGAGUACAUCGACUCGCUCAUCAUGACGGAGGAGGAGGCGAGAUACAAGACACAGCUGUGGAACAACAUUAACGCUGAUUACUUGAAGAAUCAAAAGAUCAAAGAAGAAAUGAAAGCAAGAGAGAAAGAAGAAAACAAGGACAAAAAACGCAAAAUACGAGGUUCAUACAAGAAGAAGGUGGCGUGUAACGCCGCGACGGCGGGCGAGGCGAUCGGCAAGAUGUUGGCUGAGAAGAAAAUUAGCUCCAAAAUCAACUACGACAUACUCAAGAGCUUGGACCAGCCUGGCACGCCGCUGCCCGCGCCGACCACCCCAGUGCAACCUGUUGUUGAGGCAAAACCUCCAACACCUAUGGAACUGGUGCCCGCAUCGCCGGUGCCGCGCAAACGUAAGAAGAAGGCGGCGCCGAGCCCCGCCCUCCCCUCGCUCCGCGCGCCGGCCCCGCCCUCCCCGCGCACGCCCGUCCCGCCCUCGCCUAAACCCGCCUCCGCGCCGCCUACACCCGCUGAACAAGAUGCGGAUGAUUAUGACGACGACCUGAACGCUGAGGCGGACGAGACGGAAAUGUCACUGUCAAAGAUGUUGCACAACGGACAAGAUGAUGAUUAUUACGAUUACGAAGAGUAUUAGUUGGACACAUUCUAGUAACCAUACCUAUCCAUACUUUCCAUAUUUAUGUUGAAUAUGCGAAAGUAACUCUGUCGCGCUGUCGCGUCAAAAGUAGGUAUAAAUAAAUAAACGUUUAUUCAACGGAAAUUUAAACAU